UCCUCCUCAGUUCCAUUUUUUUUCUAGCCUCCCGCCUUCCCUUUUCCCUUAACCUGACAGCGGUCUGAGCUCCUCUCCACCUCCUUAGAGUGGCCGCAAGGUCUUUUAGCUUUUCUCCUUUCUCGAGUCGUUCGCCUCGCCCUACCCCGCCAUGAAUGAGGAGUACGAUAUGAUCGUGCUGGGCACCGGCCUGACGGAAUGCAUCUUGUCGGGUAUCAUGUCAGUGAAUGGAAAGAAAGUUCUUCACAUGGAUCAAAACCCAUACUAUGGAGGAGAAAGUGCAUCUAUAACACCUCUGGAAGAUUUACACAAAAGAUUUAAAAUACCAGGAUCACCACCAUCAUCAAUGGGGAGAGGAAGAGACUGGAAUGUUGACUUAAUUCCCAAGUUCCUUAUGGCUAAUAGUCAUCUGGUUAAGAUGCCGCUUUAUACAGAAGUCCCUCGUUUUCUGGAUUUUAAAGUGACAGAAGGAAGCUUUGUCUAUAAAGGAGGAAAAAUCUACAAGGUUCCUUCCACUGAAGCAGAAGCCCUUGCAUCUAGCUUAAUGGGACUAUUUGAAAAACGUCACUUCAGAAAAUUCCUGGUGUAUGUUGCCAACUUUGAUGAAAACGAUGCUAGAACUUUUGAAGGUGUUGAUCCCAAGAAGACUGCAAUGCGAGAUGUGUAUAAGAAAUUUGAUUUGGGCCAAGAUGUUAUCGAUUUUACAGGUCAUGUUCUUGCACUCUACAGAACUGAUGACUACUUAGAUCAACCAUGUUGUGAAACCAUUAAUAGAAUUAAACUUUACAGUGAGUCUCUGGCGCGAUAUGGCAAAAGCCCAUACCUUUAUCCACUCUAUGGCCUUGGAGAACUCCCACAAGGAUUUGCUAGGCUAAGUGCUAUUUAUGGUGGUACCUACAUGCUGAAUAAACCUAUCGAAGAAAUCAUUGUGCAGAAUGGGAAGGUGGUUGGUGUAAAAUCUGAAGGAGAGAUAUAUUUAUUUGUUUGAAAGGUAGAGUCACAGAGAGAGACUCUUCCAUCCACUGGUUCACUCCCCAAAUGGCUACAAUGGCUGGGGCUAGGCCAGCUGAAGCCAGGAGCCAAGAACUUCUUCCAUGUCGCUCUUGUGGGUGCAGGGGCCCAAGCACUUGGUGCAUUCUCCCCUACUUUCUCAAGUUCAUCAGCAGGGAGCUGGAUCAGAAGUGGAGUAGCUGGGACUUGAAUCCCAUAUGGGGUUCUGGCAUUAGCAGGCAACAACUUAACCCACUAGGCCACAGUGUUGGCCCCACUACCUAUCCUUUCAGUGUAAUAGUGGUUUAGGAAAUAUGGUUACUUUUUUUUAGUGGUUUAUUUAGUUCAUGGGUUCCCUACUUGUUUAUUUUAAUUUUAUUGAAAAGUUUCUUAUCUGCUGGUUGAUUCCCAAAUGCUCACAAUAGGUCGAGCCAAACCCAGGAGCCAGAACUCAAUCUUGGUCUCCCACAUGGGUGGCAAGGAUCCAACCAAUUGAGCUACCACCUGCUGCUUCCCAAGAUGUGCAUUAGGAACUGGAAUUGGCAGCAGAGACAGGACUUGAACCUAGGUACUCUGAUAUGAGAGCAGGGGCAUCCAAGUGGGAUCUGAACCACCAGAUGAAAUGCCCACCCUCAAUCACUCACUUUUCUAACAGGGCAUGCACAUAAGAGAACCCUUAUGUACAUACCAUUUCAUUUAGUUCUGACAUCAGUUCCUUGUGGUUAGGUAGAGACAGGAUUUGAACCCUGAUUUGCCCAGUUCUAAAUAGUCUGAAUACCAUGUACCAGUUUCCCUAAUAGGAUUUUGAAUUCAUGUUCUCUGUUCAAUGAGAAUAUAUAGGAAUAGAUGUGAGAUGACAAAGGGAACAGCAUCUUUUGCAAACUGUUAUGAAAAGAAGUGCAUGUUAUGCUGCCACUGUGGCUCUAAGGUACAGCAUCUUCACAAGCUGGCCUGUCGCAAAUGUAGCUACUCUGCCAAGCACAAGAAAAGUAUGUAAUUGGAGUGCCAAGGCUAAAAGACAAACCACUGUGACAGGUAGAAUGCGGCCCCUAAAAUGCCUAUUCUGCAGAUUCAGCCACAGAUGGAUUCCUUGACA